AUGUCACAUCAAUUGAAGGUCCAACUACGCUCUGCCACCGCCAAGGCCCCCACCAAGGGGUCUCUCACCGCUGCAGGGUACGAUAUCUAUGCGUCUGCCCCAACAACUAUCCCAGCACAGGGUCAAGGUCUGGUGUCCACGGACGUGUCCUUCACUGUUCCUCAAGGCACAUACGGUCGUAUUGCCCCCCGUUCAGGAUUAGCAGUAAAGAACGGGAUCUCCACUGGUGCAGGUGUGGUGGACAGAGACUACACGGGGGAGGUGAAGGUGGUGUUGUUCAACCACUCCACUAAGGACUUCCAUGUCGAGGUGGGUGACAGAGUAGCCCAAUUGAUCUUGGAGAGGAUCGUGGAAGACGCAGAGGUCGUUGUGGUGGAGUCUCUAGAGGAGAGUGCCAGAGGUGCUGGUGGGUUUGGUAGUACCGGUAAAUAG